UUAUUUGAAGACUUCAGCUUUGGUGAAUACCAUCUAGGCACAAUUCAUCUGUCUACAAGAGGACGCUAUGAUGCCGAGGGACAUUAUGAAUGUGCUGCAUCUGUCCCCUUACCUUGACUCAGUUCCCUGCCUUCGAACCUUUACAUGCGAUCUUGGACAUAGUUUCGUGGAAAUUUCACAACUCCCGAAUGAAUGGUUUAUUUUAGAAAAGAAAACUUCUUGACUUUGCAAUGUGUAGGCGGUAACCAAUCAAAUCGCUCGAAAGUCGAAACCAGAGUUAUGUCGUCCGAAAUAUAUAGUCAUGUGACUCAUGUCGUUCGAGAUUUUAUCAGCUGUAAUACAGAGAAACAAAGUUGAAUAAAGCAGUGCGUGUGAUACGGGUAUAUCUUGUUCUUUAGGCCAUGUUGAGACGAAACAAUAGCGAUAAAUCAGUAAUAUACAGUAGAAACCGGCGACUAAGAACCAGCUGGUUUUUAAGAACCUGCUAUGCUUAAAUUUCCUAGUUAGAGCCCCUCUUUACAAGAACCUGUUGAGCCUAAAAUUUGAAACAUGUUCUUAUUUUCUUAUAUCUAUAUUUAAAAAAAUCUGUACAGGAUACUCUUUGGAGACAUAGGUGCCUCAUUGCUUUAACUGCAAUUAUAAUGGUAUACAGGUUUCACCUCUAGUAAAGAAUGAGAUGAAUACCACUAAAUACUCUUAGCUACAAUGUGUUGUUUCUUCAGAAGAUAAGAACCUAUUUAAGAACCAAAAUAGCCUAAAUUUGUGCUAAUUAUCAUUUAUGUAAGAAUCUGUUUAGCUUUUCUCCGGAAAAUGCAGCUUUUCUUAGUCGCGGGUUUGUACUGUAUUUCUUUCUUUACAUCUUAAAGAGACGAAAAAAGCUAGAUAAAUUUGUAAUAGGAUGCUGGGAUACUAUUAUUUGUAGGCAGUUAUUUGCAGGUCACGUGCUGUGCUCUCGGCCAAUGUAAAGGAAGAAAAAUUUUUAUGGAACGAUGAUAUUACCAUUAAACUGCCCCAAACCGCCAGGAAGCUGCAAUAAGGUUUGUUACAUUGUGUGGUGGCAAAAUGAAGAAAGAUGGUAAAGGAUACGCUCGGUGAAUUUGCUAAAGAAAAAAGAUUGGGACUGUUGUUGAAUUUUGGGUUUUGUGACAUAUGGAGUGAAAAGGGAACGCUAAUGUAAAAAGCUUUUAGUUGUUAGAACUUCACACAAGCAGGGACAGUUCCACUUAAAUUUUGCUAUAAAAUCAAAACAACAGUUUGGUAAAUUCCAAGCCAUCUUUUUCACCAGUUGAACUACAACGCUGUGAAGUUAAGUUCCACAAAUUGUUAAUUUUUAAAUUCACUCCUGGGUGUGGUGGUAUGAACCAACAAUUUAAAAUCUCAACUCGAUCUGAUGAAGGCCAGUUAGUUCGUCGCUGAUUUGGUUGCUAUAAAGAGGUUUACUUUAUCAUUGCCAGUCAACUUUGAGGUCAGACUGGUCAAUGUGUCUUAACCUUCAUCCGCUGACACUAAAAAAAUUUGUCGUAUUUUCAAAGCGGUUUCCUACAUACUUUUAUCUUCUUUUUUUCGGAAGGUCAUCACUGGUUAGAAUUUGAGAAUGAAGGAAGUGUUAUUGCAAAAAUAAAUGUGCAGUAUUAAAAUUAUACGAUUACAUCUCAAUCUACGAUGUAAAAAUCAAAAUAAUCAAUAGAGGCAGCGCAAUAUACGCCAUAAAUUAUCUAUCACCAGUUGAACUACAACGCUGUGAAGUUAAGUUCCACAAAUUGUUAAUUUUUAAAUUCACUCCUGGGUGUGGUGGUAUGAACCAACAAUUUAAAAUCUCAACUCGAUCUGAUGAAGGCCAGUUAGUUCGUCGCUGAUUUGGUUGCUAUAAAGAGGUUUACUUUAUCAUUGCCAGUCAACUUUGAGGUCAGACUGGUCAAUGUGUCUUAACCUUCAUCCGCUGACACUAAAAAAAUUUGUCGUAUUUUCAAAGCGGUUUCCUACAUACUUUUAUCUUCUUUUUUUCGGAAGGUCAUCACUGGUUAGAAUUUGAGAAUGAAGGAAGUGUUAUUGCAAAAAUAAAUGUGCAGUAUUAAAAUUAUACGAUUACAUCUCAAUCUACGAUGUAAAAAUCAAAAUAAUCAAUAGAGGCAGCGCAAUAUACGCCAUAAAUUAUCUAUCACCAGUUGAACUACAACGCUGUGAAGUUAAGUUCCACAAAUUGUUAAUUUUUAAAUUCACUCCUGGGUGUGGUGAUAUGAACCAACAAUUUAAAAUCUCAACUCGAUCUGAUGAAGGCCAGUUGGUUCGUCUCUGAUUUGGUUGCUAUAAAGAGGUUUACUUUAUCAUUGCCAGUCAACUUUGAGGUCAGACUGGUCAAUGUGUCUUAACCUUCAUCCGCUGACACUAAAAAAAUUUGUCGUAUUUUAAAGGCGAUUUCCUACAUACUUUUAUCUUCUUUUUUUUUUCGGAAGGUCAUCACUGGUUAGAAUUUGAGAAUGAAGGAAGUGUUAUUGCAAAAAUAAAUGUGCGGUAUCAAAAUUAUACGAUUACAUCUCAAUCUACGAUGUAAAAAUCAAAAUAAUCAAUAGAGGCAACGCAAUAUACGCCAUAAAUUAUCUAAUAAAUUAUAAAAAAUCCCCUUUUGAAUUUUUUUAUGGUGGUUUCUCACGCCCGGGCAAUUUAAUCUAUGAUCAAAAACCGCGAACAUGAAAACCAUUCGUAACACGCUUUUUGAAUUAAUAAUGGUUGCAAUAAUUUACAGCAAUAUUUCCUAGAAAUGAACGAUUCUUUGAUUCUUUUGCCAGAAAAUCUUUAAAAUGUAUUCUCAAAAGUAGUUUUGUAAAAAAAUGAAAAUUUGAAGCAAAAUUUAAGAUUGAGGAUUUAAUACGUGACGUCAUAGGGCAGAUGGUAUUCAAUCCACAAAGAGAGAUAACAUUCUCUAUGGGUAUACUUUUAAUCCAGAAUUUACUGAAUAAUACUCAAAGUUUGAAUUUCAAAAACUGGUCAGGAGUGCUCAUUAAACUUUAAGCGCCCAAGUUAUUAUUAGCUCUUGGUCUUAUGGCUUUCAAAGAGUGUACUGAAAUGGAUUUAACUUAAAUUUUCUUUUAUUCCGCCGCAGUCAUUGUCUUCUAGAGAUUGUGCCCAGUUGUUUUUUUCAUAGGAAAGAAAAUUUUUUCUGUACAUGCACACCUGUUUUCAUUAAUAACAGUUAACUUGCAAAAUGCGUGGGGAGAAGUUUUCGCACCUGGGACACCAACAGCGGGAAAGUAAUCAAGUUUAUAAAUCAGAUGUCGACAACCUAAGCUGCUAGUACUACGAUCAAUACGGAGCAACGGAGGCGGUUUCAGCAAAAAAAAAGGGGUGAGCGGUAGAAAAAAAAUUCUGAAAGCUCUGUUGCUCGCAAACGAGUGAAAUACUCCGGCAAUUAACGUCCGUCAGUUUUCCGUCAGCAAAUUGGUUUUGAGUGUGGAUAUUCACGUUACAAGAUGUCUAAACGUCGUGUUAUUCUUUGGACUGCACCACGAUGUGUUUCAACCGCGUUUGAGAGAUCGAUAAUGACGCUCAAGAAUUCAAAAAUUUUACACGAGCCUUACUCAGCAGCCCAUUAUUUCGGCCCAGAGAGACAAAGCCCUAGAUACGCAGCCCAAGAGACCAACCAGCAGGCAACCUACCGCUCAAUAAGUAAACUGCUUCAGAAAGAGCACGACGGAAGUGAUUUCGUCUUCACCAAAGAAAUGGCUUACUGCGUGGAAAACAAGUUCCACAUCUUCACAGAAGAAGGUUUUAAGGACUUUCAACACACAUUUCUGAUCCGCCAUCCUCUUAAGGCAGUAUACUCAUUGUACAAAGCUUCUACAAACCCGAAGCUCACGGGAUGGGAUUACUUCGAUCCCGCAGAAGCGGGAUUUCGCCAGAUGGCGGAGCUGUGUGACUUUGUCGAGAGGCACAUUCACAGCAACCCCAUAGUCGUGGACGCAGACGAUUUGUUGGAUUAUCCCACUGAAAUGAUGCAGAGCUACUGUGAAGCUGUUGGAUUAGAGUUUGAAGAGAACAUGACCUCCUGGGAACCAGGGCCGGUUCCUGAAUGGGAUGUUUGGGCCGGAUGGCAUGAAGAUGCACUGAAGAGUUCUGGGUUCAAAGCUAGAGUCAAGAAGAACAGAAGUCGCCCAUGCGCUGUGUUCGAUGUUGAAGAUCUCCCACCGGAAGUGGCGGCUGUUGUGGAAGAGUGCAUGCCUUGCUAUGAAUCGCUAUCAGCGAAAAAACUUCUACCCAAGAACAUUCCAGUUUUUUAA